GAGAGAGAGAGAGAGCACAGAAUGGUGGGUGGCGGCGGUGGAGGACAGCGGGUGGCGACGAUGCUGCCGUAUCUCGUGAAGACGCUGCGGAAGGAAUCCAUCAGGCCCUCAAAUCGAACCCUACCUUCCCUUAGUUAUAUUUCUAUCGUGCUUCAUGGAUUGUGCACGACCAGGCGCACGUUCUCGCUGUAUGAUCAGAUUAAUAUCAUCGACACCGUUCCUGAAGACCAAUUGCGUUUCCAGUGGUAUGGCGAUACAGGAUUUACUGUCAAUGGUGUCAAGUAUGAAGGCAGCUUGCUUGUUGUGGAAAAUAAGCUCAUGACAUGGGUACCAAAAACAUUUUCUGAGAUAACCCCUGAAAGUUUAUCUGUGUUCAAGAUUCUGAGGCCAGUUCCAGAGAUUCUGAUUCUUGGCUGUGGAAGGCACAUUCAGCCAGUAAGCCCUCAACUGCGACAAUUCAUUCGUUCUACUGGAAUGAAACUGGAAGCAAUUGACUCGAGGAAUGCUGCUUCAACUUACAAUAUAUUAAGCGAAGAAGGAAGGCCAGUGGCUGCUGCCCUUCUCCCAUAUGGAGUUGCUUCGUAAAUAUUCCAUGAACUACAUAAUCAUACAUACCAUAAUUCACAUGGUGCUUUAAAACUCAGGCCAAGAAGCUCUCUGUAGAUAAGAUAGCAUUUGGGACAAGUCUCCUCAAAUCGGUGAUGCAUCACUGUGCUUUAUGAAUUAUGAAGAAAUCCUCCUUCCAGAAGAACUUGAAAUGGCCAGCUUUCCUUCUCUGACUUUGCUCUCUCUGGUUUUUUUUAUUGCAGCACCUUACGUAGUUUCUUGCUAGCUUUGUCCAAAUAACACAUUCUCAAAUAUAGGAUCAUUUUGUAGCUUUAGACACACCAGCUCGAUGAGUACCAAUCUACAGUCAGCAUGGACUUUGGGUUUCUCGCUA